AUUCUUCUGUUGAUUACGACAACUUCAAGUUACGCCCCCUACUACAAGUCACGCCCCCAUCACCUUACGCACCUCUCUUGUAGUCCGCAAAUAACAAACCCAUCUCAUGUAUCGAGCACCCAUGGGCGAGACUGGUGGAGGUGGCCACGGUCCCGGUGAGGAGGAGGAGGAGGAGGAGGAGGAGGAGGACUACCGCUCCGAGGUUUUGACUGUCGAGCAGAUCCACCAGCAUAUGGUGGAGUGUAUCAGGGAGGUCAACGAGGUCAUCCAGAAUUCUGCAACAAUAACACGCAUCCUUCUCGGUCACUUCAACUGGGAUAAAGAAAAGCUUAUGGAAAGGUAUUUUGAUGGUAAUCUGGACAAGUUUUUCUCUGAGUGUCAUCUCAUUAACCCCAGUAAGAAGCCUCAGAUCUGUCCUCCAGUCAACACUAGAUCAUUGGCACAGGACAUACCAUGUCAGAUCUGCUAUCUGAACGUCCCUAACUCUUAUUUUACAGGCCUGGAGUGUGGACACAAGUUCUGCAUGCAGUGCUGGGGAGAUUACCUGACCACCAAAAUCCUAGAAGAAGGAAUGGGACAGACCAUUUCUUGUCCUGCUCAUAGUUGUGACAUUUUGGUUGAUGACAACACAGUCAUGCGGCUCAUAACAGAUUCAAAAGUGAAGUUCAAGUACCAGCAAUUAAUUACGAAUAGUUUUGUAGAGUGCAAUCGACUGUUAAGGUGGUGCCCUGCACCAGACUGCCAUCAUGUUGUCAAAGUCCAGCACUCAGAUGUCAAGCCAGUGAGGUGCAAGUGUGGCCGUCAGUUCUGCUUCAACUGUGGAGAGAAUUGGCAUGAUCCUGUCAAGUGUAAGUGGCUGAGAAAAUGGAUUAAGAAAUGCGAUGAUGACAGUGAAAUUUCAAACUGGAUUGUAGCAAAAACUAAGGAGUGUCCAAAAUGCUAUGUGACGGUUGAGAAAGAUGGUGGCUGCAAUCGCAUGGUUUGUUGGAACCAGAACUGCAAAACUGAGUUCUGCUGGGUCUGCCUGGGUCCAUGGGAAGUCCACGGCCCAGCCUGGUACAACUGCAAUCGUUACAAUGAAUGUGAGGCAGCCAGAGAUGCUCAAGAGCGCACCAGGGCGGCCCUGCGGAGGUACCUGUUCUACUGCAACCGCUACAUGAACCACAUGCAGAGCCUGCACUUUGAGCACAAGCUCUAUGCUCAGGUCAAGCAGAAGAUGGAGGAGAUGCAGCAGCACAACAUGUCCUGGACUGAGGUGCAGUUUCUGAAGAAGGCCGUGGACGUGCUGUGCCGGUGCCGCUCCACGGUCAUGUUCACUUACGUCUUUGUCUUCUACCUCAAGAAGAACAACCAGUCCAUUAUUUUUGAGAACAACCAGGCAGAGCUGGAAAAUGCCACUGAGGUGCUGUCUGACUACCUAGAGCGGGAUAUCUCCCAGGAUUCCUUGCAGGACAUCAAGCAGAAAGUACAGGAUAAGUACAGAUACUGUGAGAGCAGGCGAAGAGUGCUGUUACAGCACGUGCAUGAAGGCUAUGAGAAGGACGUGUGGGAGUACACUGAGGACACGGCCCAAUGCAACAGACUCUUUGAUGCAAUUUAACAGGGCAGCACUGGGCGUUCUGCCGCCUCUCCUUUGGCAAACCAGCCACUUUUGCAACAUUUUUCCUGGAUUUGUUUAACAAAAUCUAAGUCAAUUAUAUUUAAAUAAAAGGUAGAGUAAUAAAAAUGUAUUGUAAGUAUUGUUAGCAACAGAGUGGAGUCGUAAGAAAGCAAAAUCCAUCUUAAACAAAUACAUCCUUUUGGCUUGUAUUGUAACACUCCCCCUGAACUAUAUUAUUUUGCUGUGUUUUGCCUGUGAAUGUUUUCUGUUUUGAUUUUGACUUUUGUUUUCCCAUUAGUGUGAAAAUGUUUUCAAGACAGCUUUAAUUGUCCUGGCCAUAUAUUGAAAAAGGUGUACUUCUGCCAUGUAGGUUGAGUCUGUUUACUCCCUCCAUACUGUGUGGGAGCUUGGAGGUCUUUGGCAGUAAGGCAUUCGUCCUAUCAUCCUCAGUCUCUUCAGACCAGUGCACAAGUUACACCUUAUCGGUAACUCUAAAUGGGGACAGAUAGAAAGAAAUUCUCUUAGUUGCCAAAUGAUCAGAUAAAGGACUCAGUGAAAGGGCACGGCCGAGUUAGAAAACCAAGAGCAGAAAAGGUUUUACAGUUCAAAGGUAAGGUAGAAUGUGUCCCUCUAUUCUAACCUUUUGCCAUACCCUCUUAAAGCAAUAUGGCUGUCUUCACAGGGUUGACUGGAGGGGACGUGAAUAUACAGGCUCUGAUGCAAGUCAGAAGACGACACCAAAGUUUCAGCUUUCAUUAAAACACAUCCUUUAACCCAGUUUCAGAUCUUUGGGGAAUUCUCUCGCAAAUGCUUCUUAUGUGUUCUAAACUAUUAUUUUAUCCUAGCAGAUUGUAUACUGUAUUGUUUAUUUGAAUAAAUGUCUUGGGAAAUCUC